GGCUUCACUCUUCCUUCAUCCAUCAUCAUCAAUAUAUCUUUUACAGCAAAAUACAAAACCUGCGUUGUUCUCACCACCGCAUCCUCCCCCCCUCCAAGAAUUCGUAGAGAUAACUCAAUGGAAGAUUGUUGUGAUUUUAUACAAUGGCUUGGAGCUGAUAUGUCUAUAAAGAUACUUAUGUGUUUAGAUAACCCAACCGACCUUGUUCGCGCUACCGCUGUUUCAAGCUCUUGGCGUCACUUUGUUGUUGAGAAUGGUCUUUCUAAGAAUCUUUGUAUUCGAAUGUUCCCUGAAAUAUCGAGUGUUUCUCAUGUUAUCGAAGUGAAUGAUAGGAUAGAGCCUUUACGAGUUAAUGGGCAUGAAAGUAGUAUGGAAAGGUCAUGCUUGGAGAGGGAGCAUAGGGUGUAUGCGUUUUUAGCGAGAGGGUUCACCUCGUUUAUGAGAAAAGAUUGCAUCUUGGAAGCAAUUGUUGCAUCUAGUACCGAUAAUUAUCCUCAAGAAAGCAUUCAUAACACGUUGCAACCAGGUGACAGGGUCGAUCAAAGAGCUUCUUAUUGGUCAAGUGAAGGUGAAGUUGAUCCUGCGGUUCCUGAAACAUUAGUAUAUAAGCUCGUUGCAAAUUUGUGUGUGAUCACAGAAAUCCACAUACAUCCCUUCCAAGCAUACUUUCAGUUUGGUUUUCCCAUUUAUGCUGCAAAAGCUGUGAGAUUUCGGUUGGGGCAUCUGAAGCCUGCAUAUGAAUUUGAAGAUGACCUUAAAGACGAGCCAUCACCUGCUCUGAGGUUUAUCAGUGAGAAUGUUGUGUGGACAUAUACAUCACCAUCAUUUCCAAUGGCACAGGAGAACCGUCUGCAAAAGUUUAAGCUACCAGAACCUGCUCUAUGUAUCGGAGGGAUCUUGCAAGUAGAGUUACUGGGUAGGGUUCAGAAACAAGAAAUGGAUGAAAAAUACUAUAUAUGUGUGUCGCAUGUUCAAGUUGUUGGGCGCCCUCUUUCACCAGCAUUUGAUGUCGAUAUAAUUGAUCCCAGUGGGAAAUGUACACUGAAAUAUUACCCAAAUGCAGAGUAUUGUUGUUCACCCAUAAACUCUGAAGGUGAGGCAAGUAACAGCCCAUCUCGUUUCCGAUCAUUCACUGCAAGCAUAAGAGGUUGGGAACAAAUGAUUUUCAACACAUUACUUGGCCGUGGAGUGGUGGUUGGUAAUGAUGAUUCAGAUGAUGAGAUCGCUGGCAUUGCAUAUCGAGUAGCUAAUAAUAACUGACGUAGUGGGCAGUAUACGAGUAAAUUCUCCUUUUUCUUUGUUUUUUAUUUUAUUUUAAAUUUAGUUUGAUAUUUUUCUUCUCUCUUUUCUUAAGCAUAUCUGUGCUUCGUGUUCCUACGUACAAAGUCACAAAUAAUCGGGGUCCUAUAGAAGGCUUUCUCAUCCGACGUGCUUGUGUUAUGCAGUUGGGUUGCAACAAUUUACAUAAUGACAUCUUCAUAACAUUUUUUA